AUGGCAGAGAAGAACAUUGUCCUCGUCACCGGCGGAAAUACAGGCAUUGGUUAUGAGGCUGUAAAGGCUCUUUAUGCUUCGCCGGACGCACAUGUUCUCCUCAUGGGCAGCCGUUCGCUCGACAAGGCUCAUGCCGCCAUCAAAACACUGCAGUCCGAAGUGACCGAGUCCAAAUCCGAGUUGGUUCCGAUCCAAAUCGACAUCGAGGACGAUGCUUCGAUUGACAAGUUGAAUAAAGAAAUAGAGUCCAAGUACGGCAGGCUUGAUGCUCUCGUCAACAACGCUGGAGGUACCUACGACGCUGUCAUGCGAGAGAAUCCUACGCCCGCUGGGAUCCGCGAGGCUUUUGAUCACUCAUACUCGCUCAAUGUGACCUCCACACACGUCUUGACAAACACUCUCGUCCCGCUUAUUCUUAAAUCGUCGGGCCCACGGAUCAUGUUCGUCACGUCCGGAAUGUCUUCUCUUGAUGCCUGCUCUGGCGGAAGCUCCAUAUCCCCAGCCCACAAGGCAGGUCUGCCUAGCAUUCCUGCAGGCUGGCCAAAACCUCCAGUGCUCUCACAGAUCGCCUACCGCAGCUCGAAGACAGGGUUGAACAUGUUGAUGUUGGAGUGGCAGAGAUUUUUGAAGGAAGAUGGUGUCAAGGUAUUCUGCAUCAGCCCUGGAUUCUUGGCUACGAAUCUUGGUGGUAUGGGCCCAGAAAAGUUAAGACAGAUGGGUGCCGGUGACCCAAGCUUGGGCGGAAUUUUGAUCAGGGAUGUUGUAGAGGGAAUGAGAGAUGCGGACGCCGGCAAGGUGGUCAACGCGGCCGGUGUGCAGGCAUGGUGA